CGUCAAGCCUGGACAGAACAGGUCCGGUGCGCCGUGGCGGGAAGGUAGAGUGCCCGGCUCCAGUAUAAAUUCUCCCGGGAAGAAGCAGCCGAAGCACGCACACUCGCCUUCCCGAUCGAUCGCAUUCUCUCGCGACACGAAGCAUUCUCCACGACCCAAUCCAAGGGCCGAGCCGAGCAAGCAAGAAACAGAUGCCUCAGCCCACUAGGGAGAUGGCCGACGCCUCGCUCGAACUGUUCGACCAGAUGCUGCUGCUUCCGUCCCUCGCCACCGCCGCCGCGGGGUUCGGCGGCUCCUCCCGCCUCAGCCAGGAGAUCUUCUCCAUCCUCGAGUCCAAGUUUUUGUUCGGGGUGCCGCCGGAGGGGGCCUGCUCUGCGGGCCGCGUCCGCGUCCUUUCCAUCGACGGGGGUGCUGACGGCGGCGCGCUCGCCGCGGCCGCGCUGGUCCGCCUCGAGCGCAGGCUACAGGAGCUCUCCGGAAACCCGGCCGCACGCGUCGCGGACUUCUUUGACUUGGCCGCUGGCUCCGGAGCCGGGGGGUUCCUCGCGGCGGCGCUCUUCGCGUGCCGGAUGCCCGCCGAGGAGGCGCGCGGCGUCGUUGUCAAGAACCGGAAGGUGCUGUCCGGCCGCGGCGGGCGCGGCGGGCUGUUCCGGCGCCCGGAGGCGGUUUUCAAGAAGGUGUUUGGGGACCUGACCGUGCGGGACGCGGCCAAGCCGCUGUUGAUACCCUGCUACGACAUGGCAACGGCGGCGCCGUUCGUGUUCUCCCGCGCCGACGCCGUCGAGGCCGAGGCGUUCGACUUCCCGCUGUGGCAGGUCUGCGCGGCGGCGUGCGGGGUCGGGCCCGCGGAGGUGGCGUCCCUCGACGGCCGGACCAGGCUGCGCGCCGCAGCGGCCACCGGCGGGGGAGGCGCCUCGGCCGCCGUGGCCAACCCGACGGCCGUGGCCGUCACGCACGUGCUCCACAACAAGCGCGAGUUCCCCUUCGCCGCUGGCGCGGGCGACCUCGUCGUGCUGUCCCUCGGCGGGAGCGCUGCCGCCUCGGCCCUCCGACCCUCGUUCUCUAGCCUCCUGCGCAUCGCCGGAGCUUGCCAAGCCGACAUGGUGGACCAAGCCGUAUCAAUGGCGUUCGGAGAGAGCAGGGCAACCAACUACAUCCGUGUCCAGGGCAACGGCAUUGCCACCGGAGAGACGGCCGAGGCGGCGCUGAUGGAGCGGAGCGUGGAGUCCGUGCUGUUCCGUGGCAAGAAGCUGAUGCCGCAGACCAACGCCGAGCGCCUCGACGGCGUUGCCGAGCAGCUGGUCCAGGAACACCACCGGAGGCUUGAGAGCAAGACGCCAGUGGUGUUCGUGAAGCCCUCGGCGACGCCGCGGACGUCGUCGGCGUCGGCGUCCACGCUCAUCACCGUGUCCACCAACUCCUCCUCGGAGUCGCCCUGAGACGGCGGCUUAACUAGCUUGGCCUCCUUUUCUUCUGUUUAUUUAUUCGUCUGAUGGCUUUUAGUUAGCGUGGCGCCGGCGCUCUGGUUUUGGUUGCCUGCCGGCGCCGCCUGGCGCUCGCUCCCGGUCCCGGCCGCCGUCGCCGCCGACGGCGAUUGGCGUGCGGCCGGGAAGAAAGAGGAGGGUUGUCGAGUGACAGUGCCAGAGAUUUUCUAGCUAGGGAAACGCUGCGUCGACGGCGAGAUUUGUGUGGGUGUGCGGUGUGCGUGUGCUGCAAAUGCAAUGUACGUACGUACGUAGAUUGUCCGGAGCUUGGAUUGCAAUGUAAUGCUAUCAGUGUGACGUUUACUGAUGACAACUGUUCUUGUCCUGCAA